CACCUUGUCCUCCUAAAGUGCUGGUAUUACAGGUCUGGCCUCAAGGAAAAAUGAAACCAAGCAUCUCUUACUGUGGAAUGGAGUUAGACAGAGAUAGUUAUGUAUCAAGUGCUUUAAGCAGGGGAAAUGACAACAAAUCACUUUAGUCAUACUGUAGCAGUACCUGCAUCCUAUUUUUUAUCUUAUAUACAUGCGCCUUCAUUGUAAACCAUUAUGCUCUCUCACUUAGUCCUCAUGAUGACCCUAGAGUCUAGAAAAUAGCUUUGUCUCAUGCCCAUUUUACAGAUGAGCAAAUUAGUUCUCUGCAACAAUUGAAUAAGUUUCUUGAGACCCCACGUCAGUCCCAGCUACUUGCCCAGGGUGGUCUCACGUCAGUGUGCAGUGUAAGUGGGAGUCUCAUCAAGAUCUUUGAGGCUGACUGCACCAUCUGCUGCCUCACCAUCCAUCCAGCCUGAGUUUCUGCUAGGAAACUCAGAAACACAUUAGAGACUCAGGGAUGUUUGUGUGAACAAAUGGUCCCAUUGCCCUAACUGCUCCAAAGCUUCCUACCAGAGGCCUAUCCUUGCCUUUCCAGGGGACCCAUCUACUCCAAAGUCCCCUCUCUGUUAAAACGACAUGAGCUUCUGGUUGUUCUUCAAAAUCUGCAACAAAGUCCCACCUCCUCAUCUUUGCGCGUGCUUCCCCCUGCUGAUGAGGGUCCACUCUGCCAGGUGCCUGCUUGGCUUCCUCCUUCACUGUUCCAAUGUCACCUCCUGGACAAGGCUGACCCUGACCCCUGACUCUCUAUCUGCAUAACGUAGCCCAUGGGCUCUCUUGUUCUUCUGCCUUUGUCUUGGAGUGCUUGUUCCAUCUGACUCUAUUCUACACAUAUAUUUGUCUCCCUCUAGAAUGUAUGUGCCAUGAGGGCAAAGUGCUGUUUUAUUCACUGCUUUAUUCCCAGGGCCCAGAUUUACAUGGCACACAGUAGGGACUCAAUAAAUCUUGAGUGGAAGGAAGACUUAGUUAGCACAGAACUUCUCCAUCAAAAUAAAAAUAGCCUCCAUGAAGGAAGGCUACCUAGAAUUGUAAAUCCACUGCUUUGCUCCCAGGGGCAGUAUUGUGGACUUUUGCCAGGGUCCGAUCUUUAGUUGUGACAAAGACCAGAGGUUGUGGGGAACAUGGCCAAACCCAGUGAGGUAGCCCAUCUGCUGGCCAGGAAGCCACGGAGGGCCUUCCCUAUCCCCUCUCAGGCUGCUUCCCCUAUGUCUGCAGCCAGCCAAAGUGCCCCACCCCAAAGCAUCAGAGGAGAGAACCAGCCACCAACCCAGAGGUGACAAUAGGGCUGCUGUGUGCUACGGGUCCUUGGGUAGGGCAUGGGCUCAGGCAAAUGAGCCAGAGCACACGCAGAUAUAGAGGCAUGUGCGCUGGCUGCGCUCUGCUUCCACUCCGGUGCUUGCCAGCAUGGAGGACAGCCUAAAGCAGCUCAGCCUGGGGAGAGAUCCUGAGGGGGCAGGGGACAGCCAGGCCCUGGCUGAGCUCCAGGAGCUUGCCCUGAAGUGGUUCAUGGAGACACAGGCCCCCUUCAUUCUGCAGAACGGUGCCCUGCCUCCCUGGUUUCAUGGAUUCAUCACCCGCAAGCAGACGGAGCAGCUACUCAGGGACAGAGCUCUUGGUUCCUUCCUCAUCCGCCUCAGUGACCGAGCCACCGGCUACAUCUUGUCCUACAGGGGCAGCAAUCGUUGCCGACACUUUGUCAUCAACCAACUUCAAAACCGGCGUUACAUCAUCUCAGGAGACACCCAGAGCCACAGCACCCUGGCUGAGCUUGUGCACCAUUACCAGGAGGCACAGCUUGAGCCCUUCGGAGAGAUGCUGACUGCUGCCUGCCCCCGGCCAGAGGACAAUGAUAUGUAUGAUGCCAUCACCCGGGGCCUCCACCAGACCAUCGUGGACCCAGAAAACCUGCCUGCCAUGGUAUCCCCCACAGUGGUCCCAGACAAGGCCGCCAGCCCCCGCUCAUCUCCAAAGCCCCAGGUCUCCUUCCUCCAUGCAGAGAAGAGUCUGGAUGUGAGUCCCCGGAACCUCUCCCAGGAGGAAAGCAUGGAGGCUCCCAUCAGAGUGCCCCCACUCCCUGAGAGGAGUUCCUCCCUCCUGGAAGAGUCUUUUGGAGGCCCCAAUGACAUCAUCUAUGCAGACCUGAGGAAGAUGAACCAGGCACGGCUAGGCUUGGGCACAGAGGGGUCCAGCAGGCAUGCACCAGUUCCAGCUGGCAGCCAGGCCUACUCCCCAGGCAGGGAGGCCCAAAGGAGACUCUCAGAUGGAGAACAGAAUAGGCCUCAUGGCCUGGUGCCUGUCCUCUCUGGGGUGAGCCCAGACCAGGGUCCCACAGAGUCUCCCACUUCCUGGGGGUGUUCUAAUGCCAUGGGAUCCCUGGGGGCUACCUGGAGGCAGGAGUUUCCAAAGCUGAGCCAAGAGGCUCAGCCCUGCUCCCAGGGCAGCUCUGCAGAUAUCUAUGAGUUCAUUGGGACACAAGGCCCCCUGCAAGAGGCCAGGGACACACCAGACCAAGAAGGCAGUACCUAUGAGCAGAUCCCAGCUUGCUGGGGUGACCCAACCAGGGCCCCAGAUCCUGGGGCCAGUCCCACAUCUAGCCCAUGGGUACAUGGGCCUAUGGACCAUGGCUACAAGAGGAUCUCAGGGCCCCCAGGGCUCCCAGAGCCUGGGAACACCUAUGAGCAGAUCCCAGCAACCAAGAGCAAGGAGACUGGACGGAUGCACAAGCCUGACAAGCUUCGGAGGCUCUUCUUCACGGACAGGAAGCACAAAUUCUGAGGGCCUGGCAUCUGGCAGCCCACCAGUGGGUUUCCUGGUACCCAGGCCAUGCCAGGGGUUAUCGCAAAGCCCUCAGCUCAUUUGAAGGCACCCUUUGGAUCUUCAGACUCAUCCAGCCUACUACAGAACUAGGCUUCGAGACAGCCAAGGUGCCUGCCUGAGAGCAGGUGGAAGAGGACCUUCCAACCACCUGCAGCUCCUGGCUACGUCCUGCUUUCCUUGUGCCUCCCAUCCAUGCAUAGGAGGGAAUCAAGGCUGGAGAGGAGUGACACUGGCCAAAGGCAAGGGUCAGCACCCCCAUUUCCCAGAUGAGCAUUCUGAGGCCCAGGCAGACUGACUGAACCUGCCUCCCACUACUGAGCACUUACCGAAUGUGUGACAGGCUGUGUGCUAGGACAGACACCUUUCUAACUGGCCAAGUGACAUCAUGCAAUUGCUAUUGAGAAAACCAAUUCCCCUCCUUGUGGCCCCAUCAGCAAAAAGGAGGGGAGGGCCAGAAGCCACAUCCUCUGCUUCAGGCCUCUUCACUCCAGCUAUGCCCUCAGGUCAGGCUGGCUCUUCCUGGAGCUCUGUCCCUCAGGAAACUUCCUGUUUGUGUGUCACUUCCCUUCCUAUCCACAUUUCCCAUUCUCUAUAAGGGUGGACAGCUGGCUUGCUGCCCCGCUCCCCACUACCCCAAGCCCGGGAUGCAGAAAACAGGACUGAUCAUCUCCAGCGACAACACCAGAGGUACCCCUCCUCCCUGCCCUGACCCUGGGCAGAGCUGGCUCAGGUCGCAUUUGUGGGAAAUCUACCCUAGUGACCACUUGGCUCUGCAGCUUUUCCUGAAAUAUAGGCCUGUAAGAGUCCCUCCCUCCUUGGGGGUUGUAAGGAUUGAGACUGAAGCAACUGUCCCUGUGCCUGAGUGGUUAGCACUCCUGAAUGUUAACCAGAGAUACUGUCAGGGAAUUUACA